AUGCCUCCCCUCCCCUCCCAGAUCCUGCCUCGCUCCAUCCAGGCACAGAUGGAUGAGCUCCGAAAGCAAUACCAUUCCCUCGACAGUCAUAUUGGGCGACUGAAAACACUCUCUGGUGCAACCCUCUCUGUCCAGCAGGAACUUGUUCGCAGUGCGCGGGAGGAGUCCAAGACCAUUGAAGCCAAGAUUGAGGAAUUGCGACAGCUAUCGGAUGAGCAGGAUCGAGAAGCGGAUCGAAGCCUGGUCCUGGCAAUGUUGGAGAAGAUUGAGACGCAGUUCAAGCAGCAACAGCAGGCGUUACGACAGGCGAUCCUGACAUCUAAGCAGACAAUUGAUCGAGAGAUCAAGACAGAGCGGGAGCUGUUGCUCAAAGGAUCGAAAUCCGCGAUUGAAUUGAGUGAACUCAGAAGAAGAGGCAAUAGUCUCGCCAAUUCUGGUGAAUACCUGCUGAACACAAGCAAGGAAACAAACGAAAGUCUCAGCAGAACCCUCAAACUAAUGCAGCAGGAGGUAGAACGGACCGCGAACUCUGCCAAAAUUAUAGAUGAGUCCUCCAAAACUUUGAAAGAAACUGUCAACGAAUACCAAACGUAUGAUGAGGUGCUCAAGCGUGGAAAAAAUCUGAUAACCAAGCUUAACCAGGCCGACUGGACCGAUCGCCUCUUAAUUGGAUUCGGUUUGCUCGUCUUCGCGUUGGUGGUGAUGUACAUUCUUAAGAAACGGAUUGCGGAUCGCGGAAUAUCGUUAAUCGGCUGUCUGCUGAUGCCCGUUCGGUGGGCGCUAUCCUUGCUCGUCCCCUCUUUGAGAACACCCCCUGGAUCUCCGUCAACAACGACAGAUUUAGCGGGAACAGUAAUCAAGAAAGUCGCCACAUCAACAGUCAGGGAUGUGACGGUUCAGUUUCAAAGGGCAGCAACAACUCUAGUGCGUCGACCAGCCCCAACCAGUCCGGCGCAAGGCAUUCUCGGGAUUCUGGAUGCGAUUGUAGGAGAAUAA